AUGAAAGCAAUACUUCAGCGAGUUCUCUCAGCCUCUGUCACAGUUGACAAGCAGCUUGUCUCAUCAAUUGGCAAAGGGGUUCUAGUCUUUGCGGCUAUCGCGCCUGGCGAUACAGAGAAGGAUGUAGAUACUCUUGCCUCGAAGGUCUUAAAGAUGCGUUUGUGGGAUGAUGAAGCAGGAGGCAGGUGGAAGCAAAAUGUUCAAGAUAUAAAUGGAGAAGUUCUCUGUGUCUCUCAAUUUACAUUGCUCGCAUCAACUAAGAAAGGAUUCAAACCCGAUUUCCACGGAGCUCUAGGAGGGAGCGAAGCUAAGCAGUUAUACGAACUAUUUGUUUCAAAGGUCCAACAAGGUUAUAUGCCUGAUAGAGUCAAAGAUGGUGUAUUCCAAGCCAUGAUGGAGGUUGCAUUAGUCAAUGAUGGCCCCGUCACAUUAGAGUUGUCGGUGGGACAAGUUGGGCAGAAAUGA